AGGGGGCAAUUUGGAAGCCCCAUGGUUUGGGCUCGCCGAGUGCAGGGUGUGUUGUUGAGGGUAAAGGACACUAUCUUCCUGGGAGGGCUGUCAGUGUGCUCGCCAGCCUUCAGCUGAACUGCAAGGGUGCACGAAGUUUGUACUGAAUCGUUGGGGGGGGGAGGGAGGAGAAGAGGAGGCCGCUCCCUCUGCCUGCGAACACUGCGGUGUUUCUGGGGCGGGACCCGGGAGCGGCCGCCCUCUGUCACUACGUGGCAGAGCCCUCCGCCAUAUUGACAGCGUCAGCGGAGCCGGUUACUGCAGUAACGACGGCCGAGGUGGCUCUCAGCCCGGGGACUCUCGCCGAUUUAAAGUUGCCAGGUAACAAUGGCAACUUUUAUAGAGUUCAUCCAACAAAAUGAAGAUCGGGAUGGUGUUCGGUUAAGCUGGAAUGUUUGGCCUUCAAGUCGUUUGGAAGCAACCCGAAUGGUUGUUCCUCUAGGUACCUUGUUUACACCAUUAAAAGAGCGACCUGACUUACCUCCCAUUCAGUAUGAACCUGUACUCUGCAGUAGAGCAACCUGCCGUGCAGUCUUGAAUCCAUUAUGUCAGGUGGACUAUAAAGCAAAACUGUGGGCUUGUAAUUUCUGCUAUCAGAGAAAUCAGUUUCCACCUUCCUAUUCUGGGAUAUCUGAAAUGAACCAACCAGCAGAGCUUCUACCACAGUUUUCCACAAUUGAAUAUGUAGUUCAGCGUGGCCCUCAAAUGCCUUUAAUCUUUCUUUAUGUUGUGGACACUUGCAUGGAAGAUGAAGAUCUGCAGGCCUUGAAAGAAUCCAUGCAAAUGUCCUUGAGCCUUCUGCCACCUACAGCUUUGGUUGGUCUAAUUACGUUUGGCAGAAUGGUGCAGGUUCACGAGCUUGGUUGUGAGGGUAUAUCUAAAAGUUAUGUCUUCAGAGGUACAAAAGAUCUAACAGCAAAGCAGCUUCAGGACAUGCUGGGAUUAACCAAGCCAUUAGGUGCCCAAGCAGGUCGUGGACCUCAAGUUCAGCAGCCUCCUCCGUCCAACAGAUUUUUGCAACCCGUUCAAAAAAUUGACAUGAACUUGACUGAUCUUUUGGGAGAACUACAACGUGACCCUUGGCCUGUACCACAGGGGAAAAGACCACUGAGAUCAACUGGGGUUGCUCUGUCCAUUGCAGUUGGUCUAUUAGAGUGCACUUUUCCCAACACUGGAGGUCGUGUGAUGUUGUUCAUUGGGGGACCAGCCACACAAGGACCUGGAAUGGUUGUGGGUGAUGAUCUAAAGACACCCAUCAGGUCUUGGCAUGACAUUGAGAAAGAUAACAUUAAAUAUAUGAAGAAAGCCAUGAAGCACUAUGAAGCAUUGUCAAAUCGAGCAGCAGCAAAUGGCCAUGUGAUUGAUAUCUAUGCCUGUGCAUUGGAUCAGACUGGGCUCAAUGAAAUGAAGUGCUGCCCAAAUCAUACAGGUGGCUACAUGGUGAUGGGGGAUUCGUUCAACACAUCUCUAUUUAAACAAACCUUUCAACGGGUGUUUACAAAGGAUAUUCAGGGGCAAUUUAAAAUGGCUUUUGGAGGCACACUAGAAAUUAAGACGUCAAGGGAAAUCAAGAUUUCUGGAGCUAUUGGACCCUGCAUAUCACUUUGUGCUAAAGGACCCUGUGUGUCAGAAAAUGAAAUUGGAACAGGUGGUACCUGCCAGUGGAAGAUCUGUGGACUGGACCACAAUACAACUCUUGGUAUCUACUUUGAGGUUGUGAAUCAGCACAAUGCUCCAAUUCCACAAGGUGGUCGUGGUGCUAUUCAGUUUGUGACACAGUAUCAGCAUUCUAGUGGACAAAGGCGCAUCAGAGUUACAACAAUUGCUAGAAAUUGGGCUGAUGCACAGACACAUAUCCAGAACAUUGCUGCAUCUUUUGACCAGGAAGCUGCAGCUGUUCUAAUGGCAAGAUUGGCAGUUUACAGAGCAGAGACUGAAGAGGGACCAGAUGUCCUUAGAUGGCUAGACCGACAACUUAUACGACUGUGUCAGAAAUUUGGAGAUUACCACAAGGAUGAUCCAGCCUCUUUCAAGUUCUCUGAAACAUUUUCGUUGUACCCACAGUUUAUGUUUCAUCUGAGGCGUUCUCCAUUCUUGCAAGUUUUUAACAACAGUCCUGAUGAGAGUUCUUACUACCGUCACCAUUUCAUGCGCCAGGAUCUUACACAGUCUCUUAUUAUGAUUCAACCGAUCCUAUAUGCCUAUUCUUUUAAUGGCCCUCCAGAGCCUGUCCUUCUAGAUAGCAGCAGCAUACUCCCUGAUCGAAUUCUUCUUAUGGACACAUUCUUCCAGAUCCUUAUCUACCAUGGAGAGACCAUUGCUCAAUGGCGCAAAGCUGGCUAUCAUGAUAUGCCUGAAUAUGAAAACUUUCGACAUCUGCUACAAGCACCAGUAGAUGAUGCCCAAGAGAUACUGCACAGCAGAUUCCCAAUGCCUCGCUAUGUUGAUACUGAACACGGAGGGAGUCAGGCUCGUUUCUUGUUGUCCAAAGUAAAUCCUUCACAGACCCACAACAACAUGUAUGCAUGGGGACAGGAGGCUGGAGCACCAAUUCUCACAGAUGAUGUCAGUUUGCAAGUAUUCAUGGAUCAUCUGAAGAAGCUAGCAGUCUCUAGUGCCACCUGAAUGUAGAAUGGUGGUGAAUUAAUAUGAGCCAUGCAGUGAACAAAAAGAGAUUUAGCAACUUAAUUCAGUGCAGAUUAUAUUAUGCAUUUACAUCUGUGCUACUUGCCUUUUUGACAGAACAAAUUUAUAUUGAAUUGAUAAUAGACCAAAGAAGGUCUUGUGAAUUGCUUGACUUUGUUAGAUAUAUUAUUGCUUUUGUCCUAUCCUGUAUAAAGGCAUGCUGUAUAAGUUGUGCAUCUAUAUACACUACAGUGAAAAGCACUGACCCAGAGUUUCUAAUUUCUGCCUUGAAGGAACAAAUAUCCACAACAGUAUUUUUAUGUAUCUUAUUUGCCCUGUUUUUCUAAUUAACACAGUGUAACCUCUUAUAGAACUCAUUGUCAGCAAAGAACUUAAAUUUGUGAAUUUUGUGGAGAGCUUUGACUUUGCAGAAGUAUUUGGACUUCACAAAGAAUGCAGUACAAAUUUGUCCUAAAAUGCAAAAGCCUCAAUUUCCACAAAUUUUUGGCUGCAGUUUUAAACAGCUCUGUUGUAUGUUAUAUAGCAUUAGAAAUGCAAUAUUCCAAAUAAAACAAAAUUGUUUAAAAUAUGCUUAUUCACUUAUUGUGUUUUAUGUAGACUUUCUAUGUGAAAUAUUUUCUGGUAUUUAUCACUAUUUGCUUCAAUUUUAUUUACUUCAUGGUGCAGAUGUAUUUGUACAAUUUGAAUGAAAGUUGCACUGAUCCA